AUGAAAAAGAAAAUUUUUAAACAAAAGAGUUUAAAUAUACUUAAGAAAAAAAUAUCUGAGACAUCAACUGAAUACAUUUUUGAAUGUGAUGUUUGUAGUAAAAAAUUUUCAACAAAAGACAUUCUCGUCAAACACAUUUCAUACAGUCAUAAGACGCAAAAGAACUCAGACACCACUGCAGUUUGGACACAAGUAGAACAAACUCCAGUGCCACAACAAAUAGAAAUAUUUAAUUGUGAUAUUUGCGAAUUUGAAACAUCUCAAAAGCGUUUCAUUAUGGCACAUCUUAAAGCGCACGUCGCUAAACAAAUGUACUGUUGUAAUAAUUGUGAAUAUAAAUGUAUUAGAAAAUGUGAUUUGCAAACACAUAUGAAAAUACAUACCGGAGAAAAACCUUUUUCGUGUAAUAUCUGUGAAUAUAGAUGUAUUGGAAAAAGUAGUUUGCAAACACAUAUGAAAAUACACACUGGAGAAAAACCUUUUUCGUGUAAUAUCUGUGAAUAUAGAUGUAUUGGAAAAAGUGAUUUGCAAACCCAUAUGAAAAUACACACCGGUGAAAAACCUUUUUCGUGUAAUAUCUGUGAAUAUAGAUGUAUUAAAAAAAGUCGUUUGCAAGAACAUAUGAAAAUACACACCGGUGAAAAACCUUUUUCGUGUAAUAUCUGUGAAUAUAGAUGUAUUACAAAAAGUCUUUUGCAAAGACAUUUAAAAACACACACUGGCGAAAAACCUUUUUCGUGUAAUAUCUGUGUAUAUAGAUGUAUUACAAAAAGUCAUUUGCAAAGACAUUUAAAAAUACACACCGGUGAAAAACCUUUUUCGUGUAAUAUCUGUGAAUAUAGAUGUAUUAGAAAAAGUAGUUUGCAAGAACAUAUGAAAAUACAGCCUGGCGCAAAACCAUUUUCGUGA